GACCGGUUCAGUGAGUAAUCCAUCUAAUUUUUAGGAAAAGUUGUCCAAGAUUAUUUCAUGGAAUAAAGUGAGAAUUUCGAUGUCUAAAUGGCCACGUAAUACAAUUAUUUCACGUACAUGCAUUCAGUAGAAGGUACAGCAGUACCUUGUGUACUUGGAUUACAAUUUAUCUGGAUACAAAUCAACGGAUUAUGAGCCUCAAUGUAGGGAUGUAGAGCGGAAAUAUUUUGUUGUUCAUGCAUCUCCAGGAAUUUUAUAGGGUGUCAUUGACUUGAUCCCAUGUCUUCAGCACAGAAGAGAGACACGAGGGCUGACGACCCUAAUCCCAGAAGAAUAUCUAAACCAGGCACUAGAGGAAUGCAUAGUUCCAAUAGAGGUAGCUCUGGAAAUCAGGGUGUGCUCAUGGUCGGCCCAAAUUUUAGGGUGGGAAAGAAAAUAGGUUGUGGAAAUUUUGGCGAAUUACGUCUUGGUAAAAACCUAUAUAACAAUGAGCAUGUGGCAAUCAAACUGGAGCCUAUGAAAUCCAGAGCUCCGCAACUUCAUUUAGAAUACAGAUUUUACAAGUCACUCGGACAAGCUGAGGGUAUUCCGCAGGUAUAUUACUUUGGACCAUGUGGGAAAUACAACGCCCUUGUGCUAGAAUUAUUAGGCCCAAGCUUAGAGGAUCUUUUCGACCUGUGCGACAGGAAGUUCUCUCUAAAGACAGUACUCAUGAUUGCAGUUCAGCUAAUAACACGUAUGGAAUACGUUCACAGCAAGCACCUCAUUUACCGAGACGUGAAGCCAGAGAAUUUCCUUAUCGGGCGACAGUCCAACAAAAAGCAACAUAUUAUAAAUAUUAUCGAUUUCGGGCUUGCAAAGGAGUAUAUUGACCCUGAAACUAAAAAACAUAUUCCAUAUCGGGAACACAAAAGUUUGACGGGGACUGCAAGAUAUAUGAGUAUAAACACACAUCUUGGAAAAGAGCAAAGUCGUAGAGACGACUUGGAGGCACUAGGUCACAUGUUCAUGUACUUCCUCAGGGGGAGUUUGCCAUGGCAGGGCCUAAAGGCCGAUACUUUAAAAGAACGAUAUCAAAAAAUCGGAGAUACUAAGAGGGCGACGCCCAUAGAGGUCUUAUGUGAAAAUUUUCCAGAAGAACUAGCCACUUAUCUACGCUAUGUGCGACGGCUAGACUUCUUCGAGACUCCGGACUACGACUAUCUCCGUAAAUUGUUCCUAGAUUUAAUGGAGACGAACCAUUGGGAUUGUGACUCGGAGUUUGACUGGGUAGGAAGACAACUGUCAACUCCUGUUGAUCCUAGUCCAAGUGUGACAUCACCAAACAGAGACGAUAAGAAUAGAGGGCGCCACACAAGUGAACAAAAUAAGCAGGCAAAUCAGCGAGGCACAGCUUGGGGGGAGCAACCUCGGGGAAAUAAUUUGCUCGGUGCCAAUCUUAUGUCUGCUGAUAGGCACGGGGGCUCUGUACAGGUGGUUAGCUCAACGAAUGGUGAACUUGGGGGAGACGACCCUGGGGGUCACUCUAACACUCCCAUAACUCCCCAGGCCGAAGUGGAACAUGUCGAUGAAACUAAAUGCUGCUUUUUCCGCAGACGCAAGAAAAAGAAAUCACGCCAAACUUAAGACAUUUUAUAUGGACUGCAAUUACAGAUAGAUGGCGUGUUGAUUUUAUAGGAUUGUACUCCAGCACAGCCCUAUAGAGUACACAGUGCUAAUGUGUGCAUAGUGCUAAUGUGUGCAUAGUGCUAAUGUGUACAUAGUGCUUAUGUGUACAUAGUGCUGAUUUGUACAUAUCGCUGCCAAGUGCAUUGUGCUAAAAUGUAUUAAGUGCUAUAUUCAGUGCUAAAACUAAAGUGAUGUGUACAUAGUGCUAUACUGUACAUAGUGCUAAAAUGUACAUAGUGCUAUCCAUGAGAUGUACAUAGUGGAAUACGGGCUAUUGUAUAUAUUAGUCCUAAUCUCAGAGCUAUGUACACACAACAUUGAUGCCCACUGCGAAAAUGGACAAUGUAGUAGGCGAAACUGCUCGGGCUGGGCUGGUAGUGCAGUGCAUGAUGGGAUGCCGAGAGGAUCAUGGGGCAGACCUACCUGCUUCCUUUUUUGCAUGCCUCCUGCUUAAAAUAUACUGUUCCUCUGCAUGGCUUUUCUGCCUGAUUACACUGUAUAAUCAAAUCUGAUUGGUCAUCCCUAUUUGUCUGUGCGUAGCCCUGCCAGGUUACAUAACAUGAUCAAAUCUGAUUGGUUGGUCGUCCUGAUUUAGGUGUUGCUGUUUUUACCGCACACGGUCAAGAAAGAAGAAAAAAGGCGUUCGAAUGGAACUUAAAUGACGGGUGCACUAUGACCAAGCUCAAGAUAUGCUUCCGCUAAGAUGGCGCUCUGAAUCGAAACGAACUUUGACAUAUGGCGAAAGUGAGGAAAGUGAAUAAAGACGUAUAACAAGAGAUUACUUUUGGUACGCUAAAUUAACACAUUACUUUGGCUCCUGUCCUGAUGUAUCAAAUCCAACUUCGGCUCCUGCCCUGAUGUAUCAAAUAUACUGCCCUGUCAUGUAUCUAAUAUAUCAGUUAACUUAUUUUAGGUAUAUCUAUAUUUAAUAAGUUGGGGUAUUUUAUGAAAAGAAUUUGACACAAUUUUAUGAUCUCAUUUAGGAGACCGAUAUAAUAUUUUAAUUAUGUAGAUAAAAAUGUGAGUUUGAACUACAUUCCUUUGAUAUACAUGAAUAAAAAUCAUUGUAUUGAAUAUGAAAUGGAGAGAAGGGGUGGAAUUAGCAAGGAAUAAAGAAAUAGACUUGAUAUUAUCAUCAAUUUAACAAAAAUGUGAGAAAUACUGUCACUAUUGAGAUUACAAAAUUACAUUUUAACCAUCAGUAUUUUUGUAAUUGGGUCCUACAUCCAGAUCUGCAUAUUUAAGAAGUUAUGUUUGCUGAAAUGGAAUUUAUUAUUAAUACGUAAGAUAUUUAGAGAAAAAUGAAAUUAUCCGAUAUACAUGUAUGGUCUUUUGAUCUCAAAUUGUACCAAAUGAAAUAUUUUUCAAUGUUAUUGAAUUUUCAGUUAUAAGAUUAUGUAUUUGUGCAAUAUACUUGAAUAUUGAGUUUUGACUUGGAAAUGAUUUGAUUCAUUUCUGUCCUGAAGUGGCAAAUGUAAUUUCAGCUCCUGCCCUGAUGUAUCA